AUGCAUGUCACCUGGACUGGUCUGUUGGCAGCCUCGGCUGCCCUCGUGGCGCCGAUCUCCGCACAAGCGGACAUGCCGCUGUCGAGCCCGCUACAGGCCAUCCUUGACGGCGCAUCAGCCAACCCGCUGUUCACAUACCCGACGCGGCUGACGCAGGGGAUCGUGCCCAGGGCCGUGCACAGCCACAACGAUUACUGGCGACCGGCGCCGUUCUACAGCGCGCUCGCAGCCGGUGCCGUCAGCAUCGAGGCGGACGUGUGGCUGUACAAUGGCACGCUGCACGUUGGCCACGAGCAGUCGGCCCUGACGGCAGCGCGAACGUUUGCGUCGCUCUACGUCGAGCCCAUCCUGGCCGUGCUGCGGGCACAAAACCCCAAUAGCUCGUACGUGUCGUCGCUGCCGACGCGCAACGGCGUCUUCGACACGGCCUCAGGCCAGACGCUCUACCUCUUUGUCGAUGUCAAGACGGAUGGGCCGUCAACGUGGCCGUAUGUCGUCGAGGCGCUCGCGCCGCUGCGCCGUGCCGGCUACCUCACGCGCGUCAACGGCAGCGCCGUCAUUGCCGGCCCCGUCACCGUCAUCGGCACGGGAAAUACGCCGUUGAAUCUCGUCCAGGGCGUUACCCUCCGCGAUUACUUUUACGACGCGCCCAUUCCGUACCUCGACUCGACCUUUGCCAACAUCACGGCUGACGUGUCGCCCAUUGCCAGCACCGACUUCGCCGUCCAGUUCGGCACCGUCCUCGGCCAGACCUUCAACGACAGCCAGCUCGUCCGUCUGCGCAAGCAGGUCCGUGUCGCCCACAGCAAAGGCAUCAAGGUCCGCUACUGGGACCAGCCCGGCUGGCCCGUCGGCACACGCAAUGCCAUCUGGCGCACGCUCUGGGAUAAUGGCGUUGACCUGCUCAAUGUCGACGACCUCGAGGCCGUGGCAGACUUUUGGGAGAAUGAGGGUUGA